GAUGGGCCAUGUGCACUCCCAUCGCAGCAGCAGCAGCUUAUUUGCACCAUCCCUCUGUCCUCACGUCCAGUCGCUAUCAUUCCGUCUUGCAGGCGAGCACCUUGUAGCCGGUACCAGCCUUUUACCUCACAAAGAUGUUUCGUUUACCGACAGUCAUGAGGCAGGUGAGGCCUGUGUGCAGGGCGCUGGCCCCUCACCUCACACGAGCCUAUGCCAAGGAUGUAAAGUUUGGAGCUGAUGCUCGGGCCCUCAUGCUGCAGGGAGUGGACCUGCUGGCUGAUGCUGUGGCUGUCACCAUGGGCCCAAAGGGUCGCACUGUCAUCAUUGAGCAGAGCUGGGGCAGCCCUAAGGUCACCAAGGACGGCGUGACAGUGGCCAAGAGUAUCGACCUGAAGGACAGGUACAAGAACAUCGGCGCCAAGCUGGUGCAGGAUGUGGCCAACAACACCAACGAGGAGGCCGGCGACGGCACUACCACCGCCACAGUUCUGGCUCGGGCCAUCGCCAAGGAGGGCUUCGACACCAUCAGCAAAGGCGCCAACCCUGUGGAGAUCCGCCGUGGAGUCAUGAUGGCUGUAGAAACAGUCAUUAAUGAGCUAAAGAAGCUCUCCAAGCCAGUUACAACCCCUGAGGAGAUUGCACAGGUUGCUACGAUCUCAGCCAAUGGCGACGUGGAGAUUGGAAACAUCAUAUCCAACGCCAUGAAGAAAGUUGGCCGCAAGGGAGUCAUCACUGUCAAGGAUGGGAAGACUAUGCACGACGAGCUGGAGAUCAUUGAGGGUAUGAAGUUUGACCGGGGUUACAUUUCCCCUUACUUCAUCAACACUGCCAAAGGCCAGAAGUGUGAGUUCCAGGAUGCCUACCUGCUGCUGAGCGAGAAGAAGAUCUCUAGUGUGCAGAGCAUUGUGCCGGCCCUGGAGAUUGCCAACCAGCACCGCAAACCACUGGUUAUUGUGGCUGAGGAUGUGGACGGAGAGGCCCUCAGCACCCUGGUUCUCAACAGGCUCAAGGUUGGGCUUCAGGUGGUGGCUGUUAAAGCCCCAGGCUUUGGAGACAACAGGAAGAAUCAGCUGAGGGAUCUGGCUGUCGCCACCGGAGGCACUGUUUUCGGAGACGAGUCUCUGGGUCUGGCUCUCGAAGACAUCCAGGCUCACGACUUUGGCAAGGUCGGUGAGGCGCAGAUUACCAAAGAUGACACCCUGCUGCUGAAGGGAGGCGGCAGCCCAGCUGAAGUUGAGAAACGGGCGGCAGAGAUUGCAGAGCAGCUGGAGAGCACCACCAGCGACUACGAGAAGGAGAAACUCAACGAGAGGCUGGCCAAGCUGUCUGAUGGAGUGGCUGUCCUCAAGAUCGGAGGAACAAGUGAUGUGGAGGUGAAUGAGAAGAAGGACCGUGUGACAGAUGCUCUGAAUGCCACCCGGGCAGCUGUGGAGGAGGGCAUCGUACCAGGCGGAGGCUGUGCCCUGCUGCGCUGCAUCCCCUCCCUCGAUACCCUGAAAACUGCCAAUUCUGACCAGAAGAUCGGUGUGGAUAUCAUCAGACGGGCACUCCGUAUCCCUGCCAUGACCAUCGCUAAGAAUGCAGGUGUGGAGGGUUCACUAGUAGUGGAGAAGAUCCUGCAGGGAUCAGCUGAGCUGGGCUACGAUGCCAUGCUGGGAGAGUACGUCAACAUGGUGGAGAAGGGCAUCAUCGACCCCACCAAGGUGGUGAGGACGGCCCUGUUGGACGCCGCAGGAGUUGCUUCCCUGCUCUCCACUGCCGAGGCCGUAGUUACAGAGAUACCCAAGGAGGAGAAGGAGAUGCCAGGAGGCGGCAUGGGCGGCAUGGGCGGUAUGGGCGGCAUGGGCGGCAUGGGAGGCGGCAUGGGUUUCUAAGCCAAUCCUCCUGACUUGCUGUACAGACUAAUAGGCAGAGUGGUGCUGGGGGUGGCCGAGGAACACAGUCCUCCAAGAACACGCACCCACCUCCACCAAACUUUGCCCUACAGACUGACCGACUGGCCAUGAGUAUGCUGGAGCUGCAAAUAGUUGAUGACAUGACACCCCCCCCCCCCCACUUCAUACGAUUCUGCUUCCUGCCUCUUCAACCGGGGUUUCUGGGAGGAGCCAGCCUAGUCUGACUCUGUGCUCCUCUGUCCCAGUGUCCCAGUCACCCAUCAAGCCCAGUUACUACACCAGAAUCCUCCUCAGACCUGUACUCUAAUGGCUCUGUUCAAUCAGCCAUCAACAUGUGCACUUAAGUCAUACUCAUGUAAAAAAGAUUUCCAUCGCUGUGAGAGGUAACAAUGAUUAAAGUGGUCUAAGAAGAAACUAACAUAGUGUACACAUUGAUGAUGCUCUGUAUUACCGCAGAGAGCAGACGCUUAGUCAGGAUUGUGUCUUUUUAUUUUUGUCAGUGUUUUGUUAAUUGUUUUUUGUUUUUAUAUCUGUCAUCUUUAUUUUCCCAGCCAUUAUGUUGGUUUAAGUCUGUCAUUUGAUUUAAUUAAACCAAUUUUCUUACAGAGCUUGAGCAUUUUCUCACUUUGUCUCUGAAGUGACAUCACAUUGUAUGUCUGGUGAUGUCACCUGUUCCCUUUGUACAUGACCACAGUUGGAUGAAGAGUGCCUAAAUUGAGUGUCACCAGGGGCCUGUUUAAAACCAUGUCAAUUGAAAUUAUGUUUACCGAGACGUCUUUUGGGAGUCAUUUUCACACAUGCAGCAUUGUGAGGUGUUUUUGUUUUAUUUUUAUUUUUUUUUCUUCUUCUCACUGUCAGCCCCGUAGGAUCAGCUGCAGAUUGGUUUCACAGUAUAUGGCUGAUUGUAAGUGAGGGGGGCUGGGAUGGGUUGGGACAGGGUGGUGAGGUAGGGCUCAAGUUACAAACCAGUUUGGACCACUCCAGGACUCGGCUACAAAGUCUAAAUGUGAAAACCUGUGGUGUCCUUGUGCUGUUAAACAUUGACCUUCAUUUGUGUGACACGGCUCGCACGUCCCCCUCAUGCGCUCUGCUUUAACUACGAGUCUCAAGUAGCCGCCCAAGCAGGAAACCUACAUACAGUAUAUUGUAUAAAACACAGUAGGUGGUGUUUCUUUGGCAAAUGGCAGUGAUCAUUCGACUUGUGUUUUGUACAAUGUAGACAUGAUUAAUGGUGAUUUUUUUUUUUUUUUUUUUAAUUUAAUAAAUCAAUUGUUCAGA